GCAGUAGCUAUUUCUAUAUUAACAUUACUACUUCUAUUGUUAACAUAACAUUUUUACUUUCUUAACAGCAACAUCUUGCGUUGCCAACUUUUUACAUACUACCCAUAUGGCUACAGCUGUCAAAUGAAUUUUGACAGUUCGUAAUUUUUUUUGUCAUUGAACCCCAAAAACUAUUUUGGGAUAUAUAAAUUUUUUAUAAAUGUUUUAUUAAAAGAAAAUUUUGGCCAAAUUUUACAUAAAUUAUAAAACGAAAGUGUAAGCAGUGCAAUAAAUGAAUCCCAUCAUUGGUCAAGCAGACUUUCAUGCAGCGACUGCGGCCACUGCAGCUGCAGCAGCCUCAUCAAAUACAUGUCCAUUACAUCAAACAACAAUGGAUUCAGUUGAAUCAGAAACAUCAGAAGGAGGGCAAUGGUCAUCCGAAGAAUGUGGUUAUAUGGAUGGUGAUUCACAGCGUGCAAAUAAUCAAAGCGAUAUCGUACCAACAUAUCCACAAUUUGGUUGGGUCGAUAUAACGAAAGACUUUUUUGAUUCAUGUAAUGAACUGAGUUUAGGUGAGCUAGCGCAAGAUAUAAUGUUUGGUCUGCUUGAAGCCAUGUCAGCUAUCGAAAUGAUGGAUCCAAAAAUGGACAUGGGCAUGGGCUAUAAUAAAAAUGAUAAACCUGCAUACACUUUCGAAACCGCAGUAGAGGCUGGAGUUUUAAAAUUAGAAAAUUUGACUGUAGAAGAAUAUUUAGGUGUCUUUGAUUCACUAUUUGCUUGUAUUGUAUCUUGGUUAGAAGGUAACUCAAUGGACCAAGUGCUACUCACAUGUCUAUACUUACAUGCGCCAGCUAAGAUAAAGGACAAAUCAUUACGUAGCUUUUGCUAUGCAGUACGAAAUCUUGUAUUAAUUAUUAAAAAAAUUGUUGUGAUAAGCAGCGUAAAUGAAGAAGAAGAUUUUCAAUAUUAUGGUAAUUUAGCCAUAAUGUCAGCGGAGGAGUCAUUACCGUAUGCGGUAACAACACAAAUUAAAGAAGCUGAAGACGAAUUAUUGCGUCAAAAUAAAAAUUCAGCACAACCUGAAGAUAUCAUGCCAGUGGUGCAUCGUUUAAGGUAUAUGCGACAUUUUUAUCAUGCAAUAUAUCUAUUCGACUUUGCAACAUCAACUUCACCGGAUGAAGCCAUCAUUAACGAAAUCUAUAAAAAUUUAAAUGCAACAUUAGAGCUGGUACCGCAAAUAAAACGCACUAUUGACAAAGGCACACCACCAGAGGAAGACUCUGAUCUUCCAAAUCCGAUGGGAUACUCAUCGCGUAUACAUAAUCGUAGUCAACCGCCAACCUUUCCACGUACAGUCAAAAUACGUGAUCGACAUUCGAGUAUACAAUUUUAUGAAGAAGUAGCGCUACACUUGAAACACGCCUGCAAAGUAAUCAAAAUGCGCGAUUAUUAUACAGUUUUGAAUUUUUUCAUAGACUUUAGUCGGAGAUAUGGAAAUUGUAUACUUUCACGCAGUAUUCUACAGGCAUUAUUUAUGUCACACGAUCGUCUUAUAUUCGGCACAAUACCCAUGAAAGACUUUCUUUGGGAUUCAGUGCGAGCAUUCAAUUCUCCACCCAUACUAAAUCCAAAACACGCAUUAGCCACAGAUCGCAAAAUACAAAUGCAUUUGGAAACUUUCUUUCGUUAUUGUGCCUCCAUGUCAACUUUUGUGCAAUUCAUACGCAUUUGCGGUUACAACAGAGCAAGGCAACGUGAGAAGCUAUCAAGAUUUUUAGAGAGUUUUGAGUCAAUACAAGUAGAGGCUGCACGUUUGGACUCGCAUUUGAGCGUGUUAGCUAGUGAAAAGGCGGCCGAGGGGAAUGAACCACAUGCCACAGCACUCAAGUAUAGCGCACAAUUCUCAACUUGGGUACAUUAC